GGUUGCGUGACAAAUUGCGUGACAUACCGGCCCGUCUUAGGGACUGGCCCGACCGCGAAGCCAACACAAAAUAGUUUAAUACCGUGGCGAAGAAGUUCGGGUUGAAUUCUCUUAAUUACUAGUAGCUCAUGACGGUUAAUCUUGUUAGACACACCGGAGGAUGUCAUUGUGGAAGAGUUCGCUUCGAGGUCUUAGCUAAACCUGUGCUGAAGGCUUACGACUGCAAGUAAUACAAGCUAUUUUUUGACUUUAUUGAAGCAGAUCGUGAACAUAAUAUGUCUCUAACUGUUAAUUUUGUCAUCAGCUGUACCAUUUGUGUGAAAAAAGGGAUGUUUCUCGUCUGGCUUCCAAAAGAAAAUUUUAAAUUGACACAGGUAUGAAGGUUUCCUCCAGUUCAUGAAGCUAAAUGAUGCGUAGGUAUAAUAACAAAUUGAAAGUUCUCCCUCCACCCGAUUCAAGUCUCCCUAAGGGGUCUCCUUGGCAGCUUACCCCCUCCAUCAAGUAUUCAUAAGCCCUUAGUGUUGUAUUUUCAGGGUGCAAAUGAGCUUUACCUGAUACAUUCAAACUCAUUUGCACGUAACUUUCCUGAAACUGUCCUGUGUUUAUUCCCGUCAACUUUCUUUCAGUGGACAUGAUUUACACCCCUGCAGUGCAGAUCAGAAACUUCGAUCUCAAAUCAGCUCAUGCUUGUCAACCAGUUUCUUGACCCAAAUAUAAACACCUGGCUUUUACAGCCUUGACAGGCACAUUUUUUUAUAAGCAGAUAAACUAUCAUCCCUUUCAUCAGAUCAUGUUGACAAAAAUUGUAUUUGGAAUAGAUCAUAAUUUCCUAGCAACCUUGAAUGUUAAAAGGGAGACUUUUAACAGUCAGGAUCUCAGUCUGUAGAGACAAACAAGAAAGCAAGAGGGAAAAAUAAAUGGGGGUCUGGGAGGGAGUGAUAAAUGAUGGGUGAGGGGAGAGUCCUCCCUUGUGUUUUUUCUUGCUUUCCCAGCUUUUACACUCAUCAGCAAAUCAUCCCUUCAUUAUCAUCAUUUUUUUUCUUCCAAGGGAGAGGGGCAUAUAUCUUGUUAUACCUUCAACACCCACCAAGCUAAACACUACUUUUGCUCCACUUGUGGUAUCCACCCAUUCUACCAACCUCGCUCUAAUCCUGAGGGACGUGGCAUUUCACUGCAGUGUUUGGAUGAAGAAGAAACUAGAAAGAAUGCAGAGGUUGUUCCAUGUGAUGCUUUAGACUGGCAGAACUGGGAAAGAUACCUUGAUGAACAUCCAAAGGCAAGAAAUCUCACUGAAAAUGUGGAGUAG